AUUUUUAAUGUAUUAUAUUUUAUUUUUGUUUAUUAUUCAACAAUCCUGUUGAGUGUGUGUGAAUUUUAUUUUAACAAGUUUUUUUAUUUAGCGUUAUUUCUAAAAUCUGAUUCCUGUGGAAACUGAGUUUUGCCCCUUUUGUGCCUCAUGAGUUUCCGUAGCCCCGUCUUUCCCUCUUAACGGUUUGAUGUUGCUCAGAGUAAGUUGUGGGGGAAAGUGUUGUUGCAUUGUAUCGUUACAUUCUUUAGGAAAAUUACCGUUUAUGUUGCAUACGGUAAUGGUCGAUGAUACGAUCACGGUGUCCACCUGUUGUGUGUCAUUCAGAUGUUUGAAGUGUAUGUUUUGAGGCUGUUCCAUUUUGCCUCUUUGGCGCCCUUUGCGUUUGCUACUUCCGGCCGCCCUGUUGUAUGUUUUCCUCGUAUAAUUUCUGUUUCGCUUGUUUAGGAAAAGAGGACAAUCUGAUGUUUCAUUGUCUUCUGCAGGAGCAUAGCUCUCUGUAGGAACAAAGACUGGAACCUCUCCAGAGAAGUGACCUUCUGUCAGAGCUUUGUAAAUGGAAAAGAGAAGAGGAGUUGGCUUUUCUCCACACAGACGAACCGACGCGAGGAGGACAUAGCAGCGGAAAAGUUGGCACUUGGGCGAGAGAACCGCCCCGGUGUUAUCAGCUUCUCACGUCAAGACCAAGUUUACAGCAGUGAGGUUGCUAUGGUGAACAGCAGGGUGGAGGCACCCACAGUGGCAGGGAUGGUUGGUGGUGGUGGGGGGACAGCAGGCAAGUUGUGUGCAGGAUGUGGAGGUCGAAUCGUAGACCAAAUCCUGCUUUUCUCUAUGGAGCGGUACUGGCACACGCGAUGCCUCAAGUGCUCCUGCUGCCAUGCUCAGCUGGGCGAGUACAGCAGCACCUUCUACAGCAAAGGAGGCAUGAUCCUCUGCAAGAACGACUACAUCAGGCUGUUUGGACACAGUGGAGCCUGCAGUGCUUGUGGACAGUCCAUACCUUUUAGUGAGAUGGUGAUGCGAGCACAAGGCAAGGUUUACCACCUUAAGUGUUUUACCUGUGUCACCUGUCGGAACCGCCUGGUCCCUGGAGAUCGCUUUCACUAUGUCAAUGGGACUAUCUUUUGUGAACACGACCGGCCGGGAGGAAGUCUGCUUGGUGGACAUCCAACUCCACUGCAGGCCAACAGCAUGUCUUACCAGAAGGUCUGCUGAGGAAGACGAUGGGAAACCAAAUCUGUGCCUUCUCAACCCAGCGUUCUCCUGUCUCACCUUCUCCUCUAUCUGUAAAUCCUGGCUUUGGUUGAGCACCCUCCACAGUUUGGAUGUAGUCAUUACUGCUAAUUGUUUAGAUUUCAACAUCCCAAAACAGACUGUUCUUUGGGUAGACGGUGAGGAGAGAAAUCUCGACAUGAAGUAUUCUGUUGGAGGGAUGAGGAUGCUGAGGUGGAUGGAAUGUAUUUAUACAUUAGACUGUUGUCUAUUGUGAACUGUGACAAUAUUACUCAUAAUAUUGACUUAUGCCAUGGUUAACAGGGGAAAAUGUAAGAUUGUCAUUUAAUUAUUUCCACUGGUAUCAUCCAUGAUCUUUAAACAGCUAGUCAGUUACAGUGGGCAUUAAAUGCAGAGGGAGGAGUGACAUAAAUGUGAUUUCUGUAGAAGGUUAAGUAUACUUCCAAAAUCACACAGACCAAACACAAGUUUUGAACCAGGAUGGGUUGGGUGAAGUCAUAAUCAUAAUAUAUUUGUCUUGUGCUUUUCAUGAUCACAGAUAUGGAGUAAAUAAUUGAUUACCUAUCAGCACUGAGCAUGUCAAACUGCUUUUGUCACGACAGUGUGAAGUCAACAAACUGCCUACAUUAUUCUGCUUACAUUAUUCCAGGAAAGGGAAUUCUAAUAAAAGUAAUGCAAAGAA